AUGUCUUCCAAACAAGAAAUAAUGAGUGACCAGCAGUUUAGACGGGUUGCAAAGGACCCGAGAUUUUGGGAAAUGCCAGAAGAGGAUCGAAAAGCCAAAAUUUACAAGAGAUUUCGAGCUAUGGUUCAUGACAAGAAGUUCAAGUUGAACUAUGCUGUGGAUAAAAGAGGGUGCCCCAUUAACCAUAGCACUACAGAGGAUUUGAAAAGUUUUUAUGACCUUACAGAUUCUUAUUCCAAUCUCUCUAAUGAAGAUAGCUAAGUGUUGAAACAAAAGAAAAUAAGAAGAAAAAAAAAAAAAACCCAGACUAAAAAAGAAAUAGAUUUUAAAAAUCUAGUUGAGGAGAAAAAGAAAGAAACCAAGAAAGCUAAUCAAAAGUGUUCCAAAAAUAAAACUGAUUUAAAUAAUUCUGAAGGAAUCAAAAAAAUUAAAACCUCAUGUAAAUCUAAGAUAGAAUCAAACAUAAGUCCAAAGAAGGCAAGCAAUGAAUUUACACUAAAAAGUACAAUGGCAGCCAUAGGAAAUUAA